AUGGUAGUUUCAGGUUCAAACCAAGCAGAAUCCAUGGGGUCUCAAUGUCAAGAUCACUUCUAUGAACUUGAGCAAAGGAGAGAUCAAGAGGGGAGUGUACGUACUACCCAUACUAGUAAGAGCCAUUCUCAGGGUGGUAGCCAUCUCUCCCAGGAGAAAGAUACCAAAACCAUGCAGAAAGAAAUUGAUCACCUAAAGAGAAGCUUGCGCCAUGAACGACGAAAGCGAGCUCCAUCCAAUUCUAACUUAUCUUCCGAUGGUGAAGAGAAUGGCAACUAUAGGCACAGAUCAAGGACUCCUCUUAACGAGUCUUUCUCAUAUGAUGAGGACUAUCAUUAUGAGCGCAGAAACAAAAAUUCAUCCUCGGUAGACCUGGGAAACGAUUCUAUGAGUUCCAUUGAUUCCUUCAAGGAACUCACUCAGGUAUUUGGAUCCCACUUUAUUACGUACAGCAGGGUUCCUCGGCCUUUAACUUCCUUGUUGUCUUUGUCCAUGAGAGAAGGAGAAACCUUGAAAACAUAUUCGGACAAAUAUUGGGAGAUAUUCAACGAGAUAGAUGGUGAUUUUGACGAUGUAGCCAUCAGCACCUUCAAACUCGGCCUACCCGCCGAGCAUGGCUUAAGGAAGUCUUUGACUGGGAAACCUAUUACCAGUGUACACCAGCUCAUGGAUCGAAUUGACAAGUAUAAGAGGGUUGAAGAGGACGAGCAGCAAGGUAAGGGAAAGGGCAAGGUUAUCCCUCAAGAGAGGAGGGAUUUUAGGUUGGACCAUUACAACAAUAACAGACCCUGGAGGGAUUUCACUGGGCAGUCUGAGCCUGUAGCUCCUCAAGCGGUUAACACUGUGUUUAGAGAACUGGUGCAUCAGCCUAAUAGACAAGGGGAUCAAUCAAAGUCAGGGGCUCGAGGGAAUACUCCUUCAAGGCCCCCGCUAGGUACCAUCAAUGUCAUUUUUACUACGCCUGGGAGAACUGUUUCUCACCCUUCCAAGCUGAAGAGAGCUAGGAUAGAGGUCCGACCGUCGUUGAGUUUUUGGGAUGAAGACAAGAUUGGAACCAUCCAACCACAUGAUGAUGCCUUGGUGGUUACCCUCAAAAUAGGGGGGUAUGAUGUGAAGAGAGUAAUGGUAGACCAGGGCAGUUGUGUAGAGAUCAUGUACCCUAACUUGUACAAGGAGCUGAACUUAAAGCCUGAAGAUCUAACAAUCUAUGAUUCACCUUUGGUAAGUUUUGAAGGGAAAGUUGUUAUCCUAAAAGGCCAGAUUAGGAUGCCCGUUCAGGCAAGCUCAGAGGUGGUUGAAGUAGACUUCAUUGUAGUGGACAUAUACUCGCCCUAUAUGGUCAUUAUAACUAGACCAUGGCUCCAUACUCUUGGAGUUGUUUCUUCAACUUUGCAUCAGAAGGUGAAGUAUUCGUCAAGAGAUCGGAUUAAAGAGCUAGUAGGAGAUCAAUCCAUGGCUAGGCAGUACCUUGUGUCUGCAAUUUUAUAUCAGUCAGCAGCUGAGUCAUCGGCCUCUGUUGAAGGAGGCUUAUAG